AUGGCCGAGAAGACGUCCAAGAAGAGUUCCUGUUCCCCGAACCCUGACGACGAAAUUAACAUUUCUACGCACUUCACGGCAUAUACUCUCAAGAAGACGUUCGAUCAACUCAAGGCUGAGUUUGCUAAUGUCCCCAGGGACGUGAAAAAGGAAGACAUGACGAUGUUCCUGAAGAACGGGCCCAAGAAUCGGUCACCGGAUGUGCCUUGCGUCGACAAGGAGCGCGUCGUCCUGAGGCACGCCGGCCCUCACUACAUUCAUGCCAACUACGUGUACCUGUUCGGCUCGACUUUCAUCUGCGCGCAGUUGCCGACCAGCGAGACCGUGGACGACCACUGGCUAAUGAUCCUGCAGGCGCAGUGCGAAUCCAUCGUAACGAUCAGCGACCCCAGUGAAAGCGGCAAGAUCACCCCCUACUGGCCGACCCGCGAAAAUCCAGUAAAGAAGUUUGGCGACUUCACGAUCCGAUGGUAUUUUACGUGGAACCACCCGUCGCCCAAGCUGCGCGACUCCGUCAAGCUGUCCAGAUAUGAGGUCUCGGUGGAUGGACAGCAGCUAAACAACAUUUACCACUAUCAUUGGACGGACUGGCCGGCGGGCGGGGUGCCCCGAGACUUUGCUGGCCCCAUCGAACUGCUCAACCGUGUGUCACACAAUAGCAAACCUAUCCUCGUCGAAUCGUUGCUGGGCGUCGGCCGCCCCGGCGUACUGGCCUUGAUGCAGUACGCGCUCAACCGCACCACAGCCAACUGUUUUCUCGGGUUUUUGGAUGAAGACCUGCAUACGCUGCGCCAGUAUCGGGCCCACCUCGUCGAGACGCCCUGGCAGUACAUCUACGUGUACAUGGCCCUUCUCCAGCACUUUGAGCAGAUGCCUGGUCGCGGGUUCACCGACGCGAGGAAGAAGAAGCUCAAGGAGGAAUGGAUGCCCGCCUACCACAAGUUCGCGAAGGAGGCCGAGGCCCAGCUGAAGCGAGAUGCCGCGAAGAAGAAG